AUGCAUGAUGUGGCCGCUAUUGAACUCAGAAAGCUUAGUAAAGCUGAACGACGUAAAAGGCGACGAGCGACUCCCAAAUAUCGCAAUCUACAUGCCAGUCGAGAGCGUCGUUACAGUAUUCGAGUGGAAUCGUUCAAUCACGCGUUUGCAAAACUGCGUGCAUUAUUACCGACACUACCGCUGAAUAAAAAAUUAUCAAAAAUCGAAAUACUUCGGCUAUCAAUAUUAUAUAUCUCUUACUUGGAUAAUCUCUUGACCUUCUGA